CUGCUUAAUCUGCGCUCGCCACCACGUCAAACGCUACUAUCGCGCUGUUCAGAUCUAUACACGCGUGAAAUCAUAAUGGACGAAACAAUGAGUGACGCUCUCGACUCCCGCGAGAUGGAGGAUCAAGAGCAGGUUGAGCACAAGAUCAUCAACGAGGAGUACAAGAUAUGGAAGAAAAACUCUGUCUUUCUCUACGACAUGCUCUAUGGUCGCGCACUCGAAUGGCCCACACUCACCACGCAAUGGCUGCCAGACAAGAAACCAGUGGAGGGCACCAACAUGAGCCAGCAUCGCAUCAUCCUCGGAACGCAUACCUCCAACCAGGCACAAAACUACCUCCAAAUCGCACACUGCGAGAUUCCCGAUUUCCGCGUCCCAGAACUAUCAGAGCUCAGCGAGGAGCGGGGGGAGGUUGGAGGCCAUGGCAACGCGAAGCGACCUUUCGACUUCAAGAUCGUGCAGAAAAUUAAUCACCCCGGCGAAGUCAACAAGGCGCGGUACCAACCUCAGAAUCCAGACAUAAUAGCCUCCCUAUGUGUAGACGGCAAGGUGUUGAUCUUCGAUCGGACAAAGCAUCCCUUACAACCAAAGGGUGAUGCUAUUCAGUUCGAAGCUGAGCUUGUAGGACACAACAGGGAGGGAUUUGGGCUAAGUUGGAGUCCUCUGAGGGAGGGGCAUCUGGUGACUGGUAACGAAGACACAACAGUCAAGACCUGGGAUAUCAAGUCUGGCUUCUCCAAGGGCAACAAGACAAUCAGCCCAACCGCCACAUAUAACGUUCACAGCGCCACCGUCAACGAUGUGCAAUACCACCCCAUCUACGACUUCCUCAUCGGUACCGCGUCCGACGACCUCACCUGGCAGGUGCUCGACACGCGCAUGGCCACGCACAAAAAGGCGCUCUACAGGAAGCUCGCGCACGAAGAUGCCGUAAACAGUAUUGCAUUCCACCCCGAGUUCGAAUCAACCAUGGCGACUGGUUCUGCGGACAAAACAGUUGCCAUCUGGGACCUGCGUAAUUUUGAGAAGCCAUUACACACCCUGGCAAGCCACCGCGGUGAUGUCAUCGGUCUUCAAUGGCAUCCACAAGACGCUGCUAUCCUCGCGAGUUCCAGUUAUGACCGUCGUGUGUGCAUGUGGGACCUCAGCAAGAUCGGCGACGAGCAGACUGAAGAGGAGGCAGAAGACGGGCCGCCUGAGUUGCUCUUCAUGCACGGUGGUUUCACAAACCGGAUCUGUGAUUUUGACUGGAACAAGAACGACCCCUGGGUCAUGAUGGGUGCUGCCGAGGACAAUCAGUUACAGAUCUUCCGUCCCAGCCGCAAACUUGUCGAGCCGCUAAAGAAGAGUGUUAACCAUGGAGAGGUUUCAGACUGAACUGUCCACUCUGGUUCCUGCUAGUUGGCUAACCUGGCGUUUAUAGCGUUAUAGCAGUUCAUCUGGUGGGUCGUCUCAUCGCAUGUCUGGCGGCGAUGGAUCUCGCUCACCAUCCGAGACGUGUACGACCGUGCCAGAACCCACGUCAGCUAGUACGUUGGCUUCGACUAGUUCAGAGGGGUUGGACAAGUUGAGGGUGCUGUGAGUGGACGAUGGAAAGGGAAACAUGGCGUUGGGCGUAGACUUAGUGGAUACGAACGUUCAAAGGUGGUUGGAAGUCCCUACUUGUGCUUCUUCUAGCCAUUUAUUGAAAACAAGUACUACUCAACUCAACUCUUGAAUGGUGCACGACAUGGGGAAAUGAUCUUAUGGUAUUAACUCGCAAGCUUUCUGUUGUUUGUUGUGCGCUAGUAAUAUCGAC